GAGGUGGUCUCUGGUGGUGGCUGGUGGAACAAUCCAUCACAACAUUCCACUGGAGGGAGGCUGCCUGUCUAUCUGCUACCUCACACACACCAUUCCCUUCCUCCCUCCCUCCUGUCACUCCCUCAAGACACUCACAGCUGCUGAUAAGCUUUAAAGCUGUCCCAGCUCUACUGUAAGCUGCAGCUCUACAUAUAUCUGCUGAAACUCUACCUCUUACAAUGGCUCCUGACAAAGACAGAGAAAGUGCUCUGAAGGACAGAGAAAAUGUCCGAGUGGUGGUACGAGUUCGUCCUUUGAGUGAAAAGGAAAUUCAUGCCAACUACAAAAGUAUGGUGGAAUGUGAUGAUCUCAACUGCUCAAUCUUGGUCACUAACCCAGAUGCUCAGGCUGGGGAGCCCCCCAAGGUGUUCACCUUUGACUCAGUCUUUGGCCAAGAUUCAAAACAGGUUGAUGUAUAUAAUUUAGCGGCACGCCCCAUUGUAGAAAAUGUUCUUGAGGGAUAUAAUGGGACUAUAUUUGCUUAUGGACAGACAGGUACUGGCAAAACUUACACGAUGGAGGGAGUCAGAUCAGUCUCUGAGCUCAAAGGAAUCAUCCCAAAUUCAUUUGCUCAUAUAUUUGGGCAUAUAGCAAAAGCUGAAGAGGAUAAAAAAUUUUUAGUACGUGUAUCUUACUUGGAAAUAUACAAUGAAGAGGUUCGUGACCUUCUUCGACAAGAUCAGUCUGUGCGCUUAGAAGUAAAAGAGAGACCUGAUGUGGGUGUUUACGUAAAGGAUCUUCUCACCCAUGUUGUACAUAAUGCUGAUGAGAUGGACAAAAUCAUGACUCUGGGGAAUAAAAAUCGUGCAGUAGGGGCAACUAAUAUGAAUGCUCACAGUUCUCGGUCACAUGCAAUAUUUACCAUCACAAUUGAGUGUGCUGAAAGAGGAUUAGAUGGUCAGCAGCACUGGAGAGUGGGCAAACUACAUUUAGUUGAUCUGGCAGGUUCAGAACGUCAAAGUAAAACUGGAGCUACUGGUCAGAGAUUAAAAGAAGCCAGCAAAAUAAACUUAUCCCUUUCAACCUUGGGGAAUGUAAUAUCUGCUCUCGUGGAUGGAAGGUCAACACAUAUUCCAUAUCGUAACUCCAAGCUCACCAGACUUCUCCAGGAUUCAUUAGGUGGAAACUCUAAAACUGUCAUGUGUGCUAAUGUUGGGCCAGCCAGCUACAAUUAUGAUGAGACAAUCAGCACCCUCCGGUAUGCCAAUCGUGCUAAAAACAUCUGCAACAAGGCCAAAAUUAAUGAGGAUCCCAAGGAUGCACUUCUCCGUAAACUUCAAGAUGAGAUCAAAUCUUUAAGAGAUCAGUUGGAAGAUGAAGAAGAAACUGAUGACUCUGAAGAAGAAGAAAUUGAAGGGGACGAGAAACCAAAAAAGAAGAAGAAGAAGCUGAAAGAGGAAGAGGUUGCAGCCAUCCGAAAGAAAAUCGAAGAGGAACGCAAGAUGCUUGCUGAACGAAAAGAUCUUGAAGAAGAAGAACGGAAUAAAGUCAAGAAUGAUUUAGAUAGACACGAGAAAGAAGUUAAGAAGGCACUAAAAGAACAAGAAGCUUUGAAACAGAGGUUACAAGGCUUAGAACGAAAGAUUUUAGUAGGAGGAGAAAAUUUAUUGGAGAAAGCUGAGGAGCAAGAACGGCUUCUAGAAGAAUCUGCCAAAGAACUGGAGGAAAGACGGAGACACGAAGAACAACUGCGUCAUGCUAUUACACAGAAAGAGGCUGAAAGAAUUGACUUGGAGGAGCGAUACACUAGUCUUCAGGAAGAAGCUGCUGGCAAGACGCGUAAAUUGAAGAAGGUUUGGACUCUCCUAAUGGCUGCUAAGUCUGAGCUUGGAGAUAUGCAAGCAGAGCAUCAGAGAGAAAUGGAAGCACUUCUUGAGUCCGUGCGGCACCUCUCUCGUGAACACAAGUUACACCAGUUGAUAAUUGAUUCUUUUAUUCCUCUUGAAUAUCAGGAAAUGAUAGAGCGUUAUGUUCACUGGAAUGAAGACAUAGGAGAGUGGCAGCUCAAGUGUGUUGCAUAUACAGGGAAUAACAUGAGAAAGCAGUUAGAUAAUGGAGAUGCUGAAAAAGAGAAUCAGAGCCAAGAUGGUGACAUGUGGCAAGUGUACCAGACCUAUAGUCCUGAUGUUUACUCACAACCAACUGCAAAGCCUCGUAGGAAGAGGUCGGGCAUCCCACGACCAAAGCACAGUAGAUCUGCGAGAAAGUAUGACAAGUAGUUUAGCGUCUACUGCACGCUUACUACUGGCCAUCUGUAACCAAUACUACUUAAUUUUAAUUGAAAAUGUAGAUCACCACUAAUGAGGUGAGUAGAUCUGAUAUUUUUAAUGCAUUUACAGAAGCUAGUGCAAUUUGAAUAUGUAGUCUCUCGUGUCAUAUUAAAAGUAUUAAAAAUUAUAAUUUACAUACCUGACUAUAGUAUAUAAUAUAUACUUAUAUCAUGUGAUCUUUUUCCCACUAUGUGGGGUAUGCUUUUGACAUAUGUCAUUAUAUAUAUAGAUAUACAGUACAUUAGUGAAUGAAACUCGUUAGGUUAAUAUUGUAAUUGUUGUAAUAAUACUUAUAAUUUAUUCUGUUUAAUUUCUGUUGAAUUCAAUAUAUUUUUGAUAAUUUUAUAGUUUGAAGUUAAAAGAUCAUAAUUAAAAGGGUUUGUGUCACAAAAGUUUAAUUAAAUUAAGGGUUUUCAUAUAGUAUUAUUAUUGUAUCAUGAUUGUGUUCAUGUAUUAGUACAAUUGGCUUAUUAGGGAAGCAGUUUUUGAAAUGUGUCCACUAUUGUACUAUUUUACUAAAUAUGAGCGAGUUUUCUAGUAAAAAUCUGUAUAAAAAAAUCAAGCAGUUAUAAUACAGUACUAAUAAUCAAUCAUGACUGAAGCCAGAUUUUUUGCAGUUUGUCAAGAAGAGCUUGAACUGAUUUCAUACUUGAGGUUCCUGUAAUUCUAGAUUUUUUUUUUUUUUUUUUUGCAUGUAGUACACUAUGUAUAUUUCUUGUAUUGUAUUUUAUUGAAUAAUGCUUGUAUCUGUUAGCUUAUUGUUAUUGAUUUCUUUGCUUUAUUUUGUUUAAAAUUUGUUUGGGAAAUUGGUUUCUUCACAAUGUCACCAUUAAUAAACACUUCAAAAAUUUAGUACAGUAUUGUGAUUGAAGCUUUAUGCCGUGUAAAUGUGUUCAAGUUUUGAAUGACACUUUAGUAUUCAGUCACAAUACAGUAUUACCUAAGAUAAAAAAAAAUUACAUAAUUUAUCAUAAUUAGUAUUUUUUGUGUUGCAUGAUGAGGCUUCUAUACUGAAGUAAGGAAACUAAUUAUGAACAAGACUGAAAUAUUAAGUGAUAGUUUUUAUCUUAGUAAUUUAAUACUGAAUUCAUAGGGAAGUGCUAAACCCAUAAGGGUUAUACAGCACCUGUAAUAAUUUAAUAGACAGUGGAGAAAAGCCAUCCCAGAACUAAAACACUAUUGGAAAAUUUGAUAAUCACAUAGAUAUUUAAGCAUAUAAACGAGUGUCCUGUGGUAGGUUUGAGAUGCAAGUUAUUAACCAUGUGUUAGUCUUGAGUAUGGGUCCAUGACAUGAUGGCCUUAGCAUGCUUCAUCUACUCUUAUAAAUUCAAACAAACUUGACAGUGUGUUCGAAUACAACUCUUAUUUCAUUAUAUUCUGCUGUAAAAAAUAUAUCUAAAAUUUCCAACUUUUUAAUGGGUAUUUGGAUGUAACUGUAAACUUGCCACAUGUUUAUGCUCAAAUAUUCAGAAUCUAGUCAUUUGUAUAGUCAGUUUCAUGAAUCUGCAAGAAUCUUCAUACACUGUAUUUAUCUUUAAUAUUGUAUGUCAAGUUAUACCUUCCAUUUAGGCUGCUUGGAUAUUUAUUUAACAUGACCAUUGUACCACAAUACAUGUAUUCCCCUUUAAUCCUACAUGAGUCACACAACUUCAAACUGUUUUUCCAUAUUUCAUCUACAGUCUCAUAUUUGUUAUGGAUCAGAAAAAAAAAGUGGGGCUUUACGGCAUAUCCAAACAUACAUGCUGUUAUGCUUUAGAGCUACCAUAUCACUUUAUUUUUGUUUUCUUUCAAAAUUCAGUGUCAUGAUUUUCUUUCAUACAAAUUGAAUGGUAAAACUUUAUGGGAAAAUGGCUGAAGUGUAUGUGCUAGGCUGAAUUUCUUUAGUACAGUAGACCUUCAGUUAAUGAUACCAUUGGAUAGCGAUAAAAUCGGAUACCAAUACGUUUCUGAGUCAAAAUAUUGGCUCGGCUAACGAUAAAAAACUUAGCUAAGGACAUUUGUCCAGAAUGUGUCCACACGGCCUGAGCCACCCGGCCACUCCAGUGUGGCUAGUGUGCCAUUGUUUACAGGACACUGUGGACGAUUCCACGCGUACAUGCGAUACAUUUUGUAUUAUUCCAUUUUUUAGUGCUUGUAAUUGCUAAAUAAGCCACCAUAAGCCCAAAGAAAGCAUCUAGUGCCAGCCAGCCCUUUGGUAAAGGGCUGAGAGAGAGGGGAGAAUGUGUCUUUUUCAGUGAUUCUGCAAUAUGUAGGAUACUAAAGCAGCAGGAGUCUAUAAAGGCUACAGCGGCAGCCAGCGAUAAAGUGUAGCAUUAACUGUAGCAAGUAAGUUAAGCGAUUAAUUGAUAGAAAAAGGACAACACGAACCUACCUCUUCCAAUGUUGUUGGAGUUAUGUAGGGCGAUUGACAACACCAACGUCUUUACCACCUCUGCUGUCGCCUCCCUCCACCAUUAUGUAUAGCUUAUGCUUUCAGUGGCCAUUAUACACCCAACAACAACACAGCAACACUCGUGACAUACUUAAUGACGUAUUUUAUUCAUUCUAGAGUAUAUGUCGUGUUUCUAUGUUAUUAAUAUUGUUUAUUAUGCCAUAUUAGAUGAAUUGUGCUAGAUAAAUAAGCCGUAGAGCUGAUAUUAGUGUCAUAUUGAAGGACUAUCUUGUGUCUCCCAACACAAUUCCUAACAUACGCCAGAAACAGACCUCUCUGGAAAACUUAUUUGAGGACAGGAGUCCAGUGGCUCUCAAGCUGGUCCUAGUGGCAUUAAAAAACAAAGGAGGGAAGUAACCCAGGAUAAGGACUUGGUACCUGAAGUCUUUAUGGAGUGGGAUUCCCCUUCCAAACAAUUGUAAACUCCAUCCUCUCCCUUCCUCCUGUCUUCCAUACAUCACCAUGUCUUCAAUAAAGGUAAGUGUGAUGUUAUUCUUGUUUUAUUCUUCAUGUAUCAUUGUUUUCUGUGUAGGAAAAUGUAUAUUUCAUGUAAAAAAAUUUUGUUUAAUACUUUUGGAUGUCUGAAACGGAUUAAUUGGAUUUCCAUUAUUUCUUAUGGGGAAAAUUAAUUCAGAUAACGAUAAAAUCGGUUAAGGACAAGCUCUCUGGAACGGAUAAAUAUCGUUAACUGAGGGUCCACUGUACCAGGUAUUGAGGCAAUGUAGAAACUAUGAUAGUAAAUCAAAAUUAGGAAAAUUCUUCAUUUCCAGAAAAUUGCAGUAUGGUAAAAGAUAUGGGAAAUAUUGAUGAGAGGAUUGCAUGAAGUUAAUAUACAAAUAUUAAUCCAAAUGUUGAAAAGAAUGUGUUUAUAGAGUUGAUAUAGUAAUUGAUGACAUGUUUGAUAGUGGCUAUGGUAGAAAAAUAGUAACAGUAUGCUAAAAUGGUAUGGACAUGCUUAGCCAAAGAAUUACUAUUAUAACAUGACAAGAAUGAAUAUCAAUGCAAGUGUUUAGACAAUAGGAAGUGCAGACUAAACUGAGUAAAUGCAUGUGCAACGGUAGAGAUAUUUAUAAAUUACUUCACCGACAUAGGCAUUUUCACUGGAAUACAGAGAUGAAUUAGUCUGGUAAAAGUAGACGAAAUGAGGAGGUAGUUUGAGGAAAUCAGCCCCUCGGCAUCGUUGGAAAAUGAUCAGUCUCUGUCUAAAGCAAAUACACAAGGCCAGAGACUUGUAUACUCGAAACUGAGGUGCAAUGGCUUGGAGAUUAGUCCAGAAGUGGGUCAGGUUAAAUAGAUGUUAGCAACCGAGUUGUUGCAGGCGUCCUUUGUAUCAAGAUACAUGUACUGUGUGUUGCUGUGUCAGACAAGUACAUUAUAAAUGAUAUUCAGUACUGACAAAUGAGUAACAUCUGCAACAUUAGGCAUCUGUGUUGAUGAAAUGUUUUGUACUUCAGGUUUUGUCAGUUGAAUACAGAGAUGAAUUACAAUCCUGGAGACAGUAGACAAAGUGGAGAGGUAGUUUGAGGUAGCCAGUCUCUAAGCCUUGUUGGAAGAUAAACAAUGUCAAGACUAACUCUCCACUUCAUGUACUGUCUCCAGAAUUGUAAUUCAUCUCUGUAAUCCACUGAUGAGGCUUGCAGUCCUAACAAAACAUUGUCAAUAAAAAUACUUAGUUUUGCAGAUGUUACUCAUCAGCUUGUCAGUAUUGUAUACUAUUUAUAGUGUUACUGUGUUAGACAGGUCUUUACACAAGAGAUGUCUUCAACAGUUCUCUUUCUAACACCUGUUUAGUAUUACCCAACUUGCCUGUGAUCUUAUCUCCAAGCUGCUACACCUUACUUUACAGUAUGCACAUCUUUGAUUUUGUGCAUUUGCUUAAGUCUAAGACUGGUUAUCUAUCAAUAAAGGUGGAGGACUGAUUAUCUCACCCUGCUUCCAAACUUUCUCUACCACCCUCUAAGACUGAGGAGUUAAUGUCCUCAAAUUACCUCUCCACUU